AUGAGGACCCUGUAUUGCCUUCAAGUGGCAUAUCUAGUGCUGAUAUUGCAUCAGAUAUUCUCCAGUAUGGCACUGAGUGGAGCUACCUGUCAAAAGUUCAAAUUCGUUGUCGGUGAAGAUGUUGUCUUCAACUACAUUCUGGAAGAUCACGUUUUUCAAAGAGUAACUGUCCCCAGUGCCACCCAAUGUCACGUAAGGUGCAAAGAUAACUGCUUGUGCGUAUCCAUGAAUUACUUUCCUCAGUCCAAAGAAAACAACUGCGAGCUUAAUGACGCAAACAGAGAGAUGGUGCCAGCGGCAAUAAAAUGGAGACCAGUAGGAAAUUACUAUGAUUUGGUGAGAAGUUUCACGGUGAAGGUGAGCUACGACAUAUCACUAUGAUAGUAAUCCUUUCUUUCUCUGAGGUUUUAUUUUUGUUGUUGUUCCUUUUUAAAUCUAUUUGUGUAAUUCACUUUUUUUUCCUAAUAAAGCCUGUGGUUAUCACUUAAAUUCCCUCUAAAAUUACAAAAAGAAAAUAAAGAUGAAAUCUCAGGCGACUGCUGCCUUUGAUGGUAAGACCCAACCGGGUGGGUUUCUCUCUCGGAAAAUGUCUGAUACACAAAAGACAUCUAUUGCUUUAGGGUGGAGACAAAUACAUUCCCGGAAAACAUCACUGUGUAAACAGAUGUUGCCACUCCAAUCCUUGUCUGAAUGGAGGUGUGUGUCAGGAGCUAUGUGACACUUUCAGCCCCAGGUUUGACUGUACCUGUCCUGGCUCAUAUUCUGGUCAACGAUGCGAAAAGAUAAAACGGCCAAGGAGUUGCAAGGAUAUUGCUAGCAACGGUGCCUUGAUAUCCGGGAAGUACGACAUAUUUAAUUCUGCAAACGAAUCUAUUCCCGUUUAUUGUGAUUUGAAAUCGGAAGUUGGCUUUAAAUGGGCCUUGAUCCAGUCGUUUUCCUUAGCUAACAAAGAUUCAUUCAAGAGAGUAGAUUUCGGCCGAGAUUAUCCCGUGAAUGAAACUAAAAGUAAAAUAGACUGGAAUUCAUACCGCCUGUCCUUAUCUUGGAUGCAGUCCCUCGCCGAUCACUCGACACAUCUGCGAACGACCUGCAACUUCGUCAAGGAUGGUCUCCAGUACACGGGUUACGCACGCGCUAAGCUGGUAGAUCAGGGCAUAUUUGGUAGAUGGAACUCAGUGUGCAGAAUGUAUGAGUACAUAAAUAUCCGUGGAAAUAACUGCUCCGAUUGCACUGCGAUGACGAAACAAAAUUACAACGAACCUUGGACCAUAAAGAGUCGCUCUAAGGACUGUACAUUUGAUGGAUAUUCAGGCUCAACGCAAAACGAAAACAAUUUCGGAUGGUAUCAUGACGGGGGUGUAAACAUCAAUCACCGCUGCACAUCUUCCCCUGCUUCAACUACGCAGCAUUGGUUUGGAGCUAAACACAAUUCAUGA